CGCCCGCGCAGGCCGGAGUCGCGGCCUCCCCAGCUAGUGGUCGCGGGCGCGGGCGCGGGGGCAGCGGGGUGGCCGCCGCGCCAGGCGUGCAGCCGGGUCUGGCGGGCUCCGAGAGGCCCGGGAGCGGCGCGCAGAGCAGCCUCCGGCCGCCGCCGCGCAGAGCUGCCAGAGUGGAGUGCACUGCUUCUCCCAGCGGGGCAGGAUGGCGGUUUCAUGUCUGGUUGGAUAAGGCCUUGCCUGCGGAAACCAGCUCCAUCCCCAGGCCUGAGCAGAGGCUCGCGUGUCCCCGUCCCCAGGUCAGGUCAGGAUGGGCACCGUGCGCCCACCUCGCCCCUUGCUCCUGCUGGUCUCCACCCGGGAGUCUUGUCUCUUCCUCCUCUUCUGCCUGCACCUGGGCGCUGCCUGCCCACAGCCCUGCCGGUGCCCUGACCACGCAGGGGCUGUGGCUGUCUUCUGCAGCUUGCGGGGCCUUCAGGAGGUCCCCGAGGACAUCCCGGCCAACACCGUGCUCCUGAAGCUCGAUGCCAACAAGAUCUCCCACCUCCCGGACGGGGCCUUCCAGCACCUGCACCGGCUCAGGGAGCUGGAUCUGUCUCACAAUGCCAUCGAGGCCAUCGGCCCCGCCACCUUCGCGGGCCUGGCCGGGGGCCUGCGGCUGCUGGACCUGUCUUACAACCGCAUCCAGAGGAUCCCCAAGGACGCCCUGGGCAAACUCAGCGCCAAGAUACGCCUGUCCCACAACCCCCUGCACUGCGAGUGUGCCCUGCAGGAGGCCCUGUGGGAGCUGAAGCUGGACCCCGACUCCGUGGACGAGAUCGCCUGCCACACCUCAGUGCAGGAGGAGUUUGUGGGGAAGCCUCUGGUUCAGGCUCUGGAUGCAGGUGCCAGCCUCUGCAGCGUCCCCCACAGGACCACAGACGUGGCCAUGCUGGUCACCAUGUUCGGCUGGUUCGCCAUGGUGAUCGCCUAUGUCGUGUACUAUGUGCGCCACAACCAGGAGGAUGCCCGGAGGCACCUGGAGUACCUGAAGUCUCUGCCCAGCGCCCCCGCCUCCAAGGACCCCAUCGGCCCGGGGCCCUAGUGCCUGUUCCGGCAGACCCCCGCCGGUGGCUGCUGUCACUUUUGUAGUAGGUGGUGACUGAUGCUGCUUUUGCUCUUCCCUGAGGCAGGUGUCACAGCCAUGUGUGCUCCCCACUGUUGCACUCAGGCACAGCAGCACCUCCAGGCUGGGUGGUUUUGCCACACAUCCGUGUGACGGAUGAGGAACCUGAAGCUUAGAGGAACGGAAUGACUGCCCGUGAUGAUACCAUCAGGAAAUUAUCCCAGCGGGACUUCAACCCAGGCUGUCCAUCGUGACAUGCCGCCUCCUUCCACCAUGCCAGCCUCUCCCACACGGGGCCCCGCAGGCUGUGGACAUGCACUCAGAGGACUAAGGGGGUGCUCUGUAAGCGAGAGGGUUCACCAGAGGGAGCUUGGGUGCAGGUUCACCCGCUGAAGGUGCUGAUAAGUCCUGUGCUGAGGAGCUGACUUGCCCUUGUUUACUUACAAAGUGCAUUGUAGGUAAACAUGAGCCUUGUUCCAAUGUUCGAAGUGCAUUGGAACGUGAGCCCUGUUUCCAGAGCAAAGUAACAGAGACCAGAUUUUUCUAGAGAGCUAAGUGGGAUGUGUAGCUCAAACAAACUGUCCUACCCUUUUUUAUUCUCAAAUGUUUGUUUUGAGUAACCUUAGUGCCAAAAUUUCAG